AUGGAUACAAUCAGGAUACACAGAGACAUUGUGAAUGCCUUCCAGGACCCUCAACGAAUCGGAUACGGUGCUUCUGCUGUUCUCGUCUUGAUUUCUUUGGUGAUCUGGAGACUGGAAACUUGGAGGCGGCGCAAACGCAUUGAUCUGCCCGUUUACCAUGUGCCAAUGGGAGAGAAUGCUGCAAAGGUGCUGCAAGAGGCUCACCAAGAGUGCCUUGACGCUCCUUUUGUCUUGUCCCAACUUGGAUUGGAUGCAGUGAUAUUGCCUACCUCGGAAAUCGAAAUGGUCAAAUCUCUCCCGGAGUCGGAACUUUCAAUCAAGCAUCACCACUACAAUGUCUUUCUCGGCGAGUACUCCUACAUGGGGACCAAGGCGGAUGAAUUCGACGCUACGAUGAGGCACCUUCUCGUACGUAACACCCCCGUUCUCUUGGAGUCUUUCACCGCAGAAGUCAAGCAUGCCGUGGAGACAGCCAUUGGUAGAUGCGAGGGCGAAUGGGUGCCAGUUCCAGUACGACACGCCAUGUCCAGGGUCGCCUCACUCAUGUCAGGGCGCGCCUUCGUCGGUCUCCCCCUCAGCCGAGAUCCCGACUGGGUCGAAGCAACAACCCGUUACACGCAAGAUGUAUCUCUUGCAUAUGUCUAUCUGCGAUCUCUGCCGUGGCUUAUCAAGCCUUUCUUGGCCCCGUUCUCGACCCCGGUCAAGUCCUUGCUCCAUCACAGGCAUAUCAGCAUGUACAAGCUGGCACCUUUACUUGCCGCUAAGCAGCAAAAGAACGGCUCCGAUACAGCCUCUAAAGCAAAAGAAAGCAAUCUACCAGGAGGGGAGAUGCUGGACUGGUUCAUCUCACGCUAUAGCAAGCCACCAACUGUCCAUCAGCUGGCUCGGGACCAACUCCUCGCGACGUUUGCUUCCAUAUACAACUUAUCAAAUGCUCUCACAUAUAUCAUUUUUGAUCUCGCAGCUUACCCAGAGUACACUGAUGGACUCCGUAAGGAACUGAAAGAGGUAGUAAACGAGAAGGCCAUGAUUGACAAGAGCACGCUGCCUAAAUUGUGGAAAUUUGACAGUUUCAUCAGGGAAUCACAACGACUGAGCCCUCCCUCAAUAGCAAAUAUUCCCCGAUACGUCGCUAGCGCAUCCGGCUUUCGCACCUCAACCGGUCAUUUUAUCCCCAAAGGCCACACAGUCAUGGUCCGCGCCAGCCCUAUCAACAACGAUAAGAAUCUCUGGCCAGAUCCUGAAAAGUUCGAUGGGCUCCGGUUUUUCAAUCUGCGACAACGUCCUGGCAACGAGAUGAAGUACCAACACACCAGCACGGGCACGGAUAAUAUCAAUUUUGGUCAUGGGAUCUGGGCCUGUCCAGGACGGUUCUUUGCGUCAGCAGAGAUCAAGGUCGUCAUGGCGUAUCUGAUUACGCAUUACGAGAUGAAGCUCGUCCCAGGUAAAGGAAGGCCAGGUCAUUUUCAUUAUGGGUUUGCUAUCUUGCCCGACACAGAGGCAGAGGUUCUUUUUAAGAGGAGGGAGACCACCUAA